AUGAAAGAAGACAGCAAGGUAACUUCACAUGAAUUUGCAGAGAUAUUUGGCGUUUGAGAUCUACCAAGAGAUGCUAUUUGUAAUCCUAGAAUCUAUUUAUAUUAGUCUUUAACAAGUUUUCAAUUUUAAAUUUAAGGCCAGAGUAGCUGGAAAGCAUAGCGGAGGAUAUUUUUUCCAGUUUGGCUAUUUUGACUUUUUUUAAAUUCACUUUGAAUUCUCACUUUAGUGAAUAACCCUGAUAAUCAUUUUUGAGCUUAAAGGAUAACUCCAAGCUCCAGGACCGCUUCAGUGAUUUGAAGUGGUCAUGGUGCCAUGGUCUGUAUAUGCAGCGUUUUGCUAUAAAAAAAAAAACUUUGCACAUACCAAAAUUAACCCAUCUAGUGCUGGAAGUGUAACUUCAACUCCAACAGCAUCAAUGGCUGCACCACCUUCCCGGCCCCCACUGUAAUUCCUCCCAUCCCUUCCCCUCUGGGCUACAGGAAGAUCUUGGCCUCUUGCUGGAAGGUAUGUUUUAUCUAUUUUGGUUAUUCUUAUAGGAAAGGGUUAAUCUGACCAAAAGGAGUGUUUUCUUAAACUGUUUUUUUUGUAGUAAUAACAGAAUACAAUGAAGUCUGAGAUGGUUUUAAAAACUUGUAUUUUGUGAAAUAGGGUGCUGAAUCAUAAAAAAAAAAAAGUAUGUGCUAAAUAUAAUAAAUGGUGAUUAUUUUGUAUUACUAUUAUUAACCAGUAAUGCAAACAGAUGAAAGGGAUAUAAUGAAUGUGUCAGGAAAGACAAGAUGGUUAAUUAAGCCACUUUUUGCAUCACAUGAGUUAUAGCUGAGCAUGAUAUGCUUCCUGGUUAAACCAAUGAUAAGGGAGUUAAUUCAAAUCAUUCUGUUACUGGCCAUGUCUGUUGUGCAAUGCUGGGUAAAUAGGCUGCUAUCAUUUUAGCAGACACUGGGGUAAAUCAGCCGUGCAUCCCGAUAUGGCUACAGGCCCUGCUUGACCUUCCCGUGCUACCGCCAUUGUGUGUCUGGAAUAGUGCUCUGCUAUAAAAAGCAGGGCGAGUGACAGAUGGCAACCAGCUACUGCAGUGAGAGCCAGAGAAGAAUACAAAAUACGCAUACACAGCUCUAAUCACUAGAGCACAUGCUACUGCUAUAAACUGGAGGGUAAUGCUUCCAGCACCCAGCUUAUGACCUUUAUUUCAGAGCAAGACACAUUUUGUCAGAGUCACUACAGAUGUUUAAACUGCAAUUGAAUAAAUACUUACAAAAACAUAACAUACAGGGAUAUAAUUUCUAAUUAAUGGGGUAAUAGCUGCUUGAUCCAAGGAUACAUCUGACUGCUAUUUUGGGGUCAAGAAGGAAUUUUUUCCUAGUUUGUGACAAAAUUGGAAGCGCUUCAGAUUAGGUUUUUUGCCUUCUUUUGGAUCAACAGCAACAACAUAUGUGAGGAAGGCUGAACUUGAUGGACGCAAGUCUCUUUUCAGCUAUGUAACUAUGUAACAUCAACUCGCUGCAUUAAAACAUCUGAGACAGGAACUAGUUUAACCAGACAGGCUAUGUUGAAGACUAUGAUGGCUUUUUUUAUUGUUAAAACAGAAAUGACAGAAAAUAACUGAUCAAGCCCAUGUUUUUAAUUAUAAAUGGCACAGUUAUAAUUAUUGAUUUUAUGUCAUGCUCAGGACAGCUGUGCAUCUACUACAUCAAACCUUUGCUGGAGAGAAUUAAUAUUUUCCAUAGCUUCUUGUUCUGGCUAUUCUUUUCCUGUCGAAAAUGCAGCCCCUUUUGUUAAAAUGUACUGGUCACGCUACUUAUACAGCAUAGACUUUAAUGUAUCCAUUGUUUUUACAUAACUGCUGACAACUGGAUACAUACUAUACAUACAUGGAGUGCAGAAUUAUUAGGCAAGUUGUAUUUUUGAGGAUUAAUUUUAUUAUUGAACAACAACCAUGUUCUCAAUGAACCCAAAAAACUCAUUAAUAUCAAAGCUGAAUAUUUUUGGAAGUAGUUUUUAGUUUGUUUUUAGUUAUAGCUAUGUUAGGGGGAUAUCUGUGUGUGCAGGUGACUAUUACUGUGCAUAAUUAUUAGGCAACUUAACAAAAAACAAAUAUAUACCCAUUUCAAUUAUUUAUUAUUACCAGUGAAACCAAUAUAACAUCUCAACAUUCACAAAUAUACAUUUCUGACAUUCAAAAACAAAACAAAAACAAAUCAAUGACCAAUAUAGCCACCUUUCUUUGCAAGGACACUCAAAAGCCUGCCAUCCAUGGAUUCUGUCAGUGUUUUGAUCUGUUCACCAUCAACAUUGCGUGCAGCAGCAACCACAGCCUCCCAGACACUGUUCAGAGAGGUGUACUGUUUUCCCUCCUUGUAAAUCUCACAUUUGAUGAUGGACCACAGGUUCUCAAUGGGGUUCAGAUCAGGUGAACAAGGAGGCCAUGUCAUUAGAUUUUCUUCUUUUAUACCCUUUCUUGCCAGCCACGCUGUGGAGUACUUGGACGCGUGUGAUGGAGCAUUGUCCUGCAUGAAAAUCAUGUUUUUCUUGAAGGAUGCAGACUUCUUCCUGUACCACUGCUUGAAGAAGGUGUCUUCCAGGAACUGGCAGUAGGACUGGGAGUUGAGCUUGACUCCAUCCUCAACCCGAAAAGGCCCCACAAGCUCAUCUUUGAUGAUACCAGCCCAAACCAGUACUCCACCUCCACCUUGCUGGCGUCUGAGUCGGACUGGAGCUCUCUGCCCUUUACCAAUCCAGCCACGGGCCCAUCCAUCUGGCCCAUCAAGACUCACUCUCAUUUCAUCAGUCCAUAAAACCUUAGAAAAAUCAGUCUUGAGAUAUUUCUUGGCCCAGUCUUGACGUUUCAGCUUGUGUGUCUUGUUCAGUGGUGGUCGUCUUUCAGCCUUUCUUACCUUGGCCAUGUCUCUGAGUAUUGCACACCUUGUGCUUUUGGGCACUCCAGUGAUGUUGCAGCUCUGAAAUAUGGCCAAACUGGUGGCAAGUGGCAUUGUGGCAGCUGCACGCUUGACUUUUCUCAGUUCAUGGGCAGUUAUUUUGCGCCUUGGUUUUUCCACACGCUUCUUGCAACCCUGUUGACUAUUUUGAAUGAAACGCUUGAUUGUUCGAUGAUCACGCUUCAGAAGCUUUGCAAUUUUAAGAGUGCUGCAUCCCUCUGCAAGAUAUCUCACAAUUUUUUACUUUUCUGAGCCUGUCAAGUCCUUCUUUUGACCCAUUUUGCCAAAGGAAAGGAAGUUGCCUAAUAAUUAUGCACACCUGAUAUAGGGUGUUGAUGUCAUUAGACCACACCUCUUCUCAUUACAGAGAUACACAUCACCUAAUAUGCUUAAUUGGUAGUAGGCUUUCGAGCCUAUACAGCUUGGAGUAAGACAACAUGCAUAAAGAGGAUGAUGUGGUCAAAAUACUCAUUUGCCUAAUAAUUCUGCACUCCCUGUAUAAACCCUAAACUACAAGCAUCCAAAUUUCAUUAACGUAUUAAAUUCAAUCUAAACACAGGGCCGGUGCAAGGAUUUCUGACAACACAGGCGAAGAUGCGUUUUGCCGCCCCUCCUCCCCCCAAAAAAUGCAUCUUCACCUGUGUGUCAUGUAACCCCCCCUUUUAAAUUUCUUACCCCCUUCAGUGUUUUUAUCCUAUCAUUCGAAUAUCUUACUCCCUUUUUCUCCUUUGUGUGUCUUACACCUGCUUUGCUGUGUUUUAUCUCCUUGUGUUUCUCUUACAACCCAUUUGUGUAUUUUUUACUUACUCCAGCCCCUUUGUCUGUCUCUUUCUUCUCCCCAGCUCCUUUGUGUGGCUCUUUCUCCCCCAAAGUCCCUUUGUACGUCUCUUUCUCCCCACAACCCUUCUGUCUGUCUAUGUGUCCUCCCUCAGCCCCUCUGUGUGUCUCUUUGCCCCCCCGUGUGCAUUCAGCCUCUAUGAGUUUCUCUUUUUGCCCCCCAGCAUUCCUGUCCCUUUCAAUGUCCCCCUCCCCCUAUACCUUUCAUUGUCCCACCUCCCCUCCUGUGUCUUUAAAUGUCCCCCACCUUUUAUUGCCUCCCCUGAACCUAUUAUCCCCCUCCCCUCCUGUACCUUUUAUAGCCCCCCCUCCUGUAACUCUUCUUGUUCCCCCCCUCCUGUAACUCUUCUUGUCCCCCCUCCUGUAACUCUUCUUGUCCUCUCUCCUGUAACUCUUCUUGUCCUCCCUCCUGUAACUUUUAUUGUCCCCCCUAACUCUUUUUGUCCCCCACCUCCUGUAACUAACUUUUAUUGUCCCCCUCUCCUGUAACUCUUCUUGUCCUCCCUCCUGUAACUUUUAUUGUUCCCCUCUCCUGUAACUUUUAUUGUUCCCCCCUCCUGUAACUUUUAUUGUUCCCCUCUCCUGUAACUCUUCUUGUCCUCCCUCCUGUAACUUUUUAUUGUCCCCUCUAACUCUCUUCUUGUCCCCCACCUCCUGUAACUCUUCUUGUCCCCCACCUCCUGUAACUGUAACUUUUAUUGUCCCCCACUCCCCUCUUACCUUCCAUUGUGCCUCCUUCUGCUCUCUCCAUGCAGCGUGGUUGAGCGGGCGGUACGCGGCAGAGGAUCCUGUUUCCUGUCCCAGUCUGAGAGGAAGCAGUGUGUUGCAUCUCCUGUCAGACCGGGUAAACCGCGGCCCGCCCGCUCGGCAACUCUACACGCAAUGACCGGAAGGAGGGGAGCACUAUGCAGUGUGCUCUCCUCCUGCCAGUCACCCAAGGAUUGCGCCCCCCAGGCCAGUGCGCCCUAAGGCGGCCGCUUGUGCCGCCUUAUGGUAGCGCCGGCCCUGGGUGCUACUAGGCAGCAAUGUAAACACUGCAUUUUCUCCGAAAAGGCAGUGUUCACAUUGAGAGGCCUGCAGUUACAGGAUAUAGACACCAAAACCACUACAUUAAGCUGUAGUUGUUCUGGUGACUAUAGUGUCCCUUUAAGAAUUGUGUUUUUCUCGUUGAAAAUUAAGCUUGUUUUAAAAAAACAAACAAAAAAAAAAAAAACCUGCCUCCUAGAUUCCAAGCAAAUUUGUCAAACCCUGAUGUAAAGUGCUUGUGCUUUUAAGGAAAAAACAAAAAACUCCACACUCAUGAGUCUAAUUUCCAAUAGGAAGUGUUGAUUCAUCUACCUAGAAAUGAACUACACACUACAGCGUGCCUUUUUAAAGGCACUAAAUGAACAUCAGCUUGAUGAAACCGUUUUAGUGUGUAGAUCAUGCACCUGAAGUCUCACUGCUCAAUUCUUUGCCAUUUAGUUCUCUGUUAAUAGACCCUGGAGCCUCCUGUGUUUGCUUAACCCCUUAAGGACACAUGACAUGUGUGACAUGUCAUGAUUCCUUUUAUUCCAGAAGUUUGGUCCUUUUUUUUUUUUUUUUUAAAUAUAUAUAUAUAUAUAUAUAUAUAUAUAUAUAUUUUUUUUUUUUGCAGUGCAUUUCAAAAUUGACAUACAGGCGUGAGGUACCCCAACGGCAUUCCUCGUGCUUUGGCGAAACAUCUGUAACAGUGGGGUAUUCUUAAAGGACCACUAUAGUGCCAGGAAAACAUACACAUUUUCCUGGCACUAUAGUGCCGUGAGGGUGCCACCACCCUCAUGGACCCUCUCCCGCUGGCUCUGAAAAGGGGGAAAGGGGUUAAACUUACCUUUUUCCAGCGCUGGGCGGGGAGCUCUCCUCCUCCGAUCCUCCUUCUCUCCUCCCCGUCGGCUGAAUGCGCAUUCAGCCGGUCACAUAGGAAAGCAUUUUCAAUGCUUUCCUAUGGACGCUGGCGUGCUCUCACUGUGAAAAUCACAGUGAGAAACGCAAGCGCCUCUAGCGGCUGUCAAUGAGACAGCCACUGAAAUAGGAAGGGCUUAACCCAUUGAUAAACAUAGCAGUUUCUCUGAAACUGCUAUGUUUAUAAAAAAAAAUGGGUUAACCCUAGCUGGACCAGGCACCCAGACCACUUCAUUAAGCUGAAGUGGUCUGGGUGCCUAGAGUGGUCCUUUAAGUACUUGCACAAAUUUUAUUAUUAAAUAACAGAUUAAAGGACCACUCUAGGCACCCAGACCACUUCAGCUUAAAUGAAGUGGUCUGGGUGCCAGGUCCCUUUAGGAUUAACCCUUUUUUUUUUUUUUUUUUUUAAAUAGCAGUUUCAGUGAAACUGCUAUGUUUAUAAAUGGGUUAAUCCAGCCUCUAAAGCCUCUAGUGGCUGUCUCAUUGCAUUCUGAAUGCUUUCCUAUGAGACUGGCUGGCUGAAUGUGCGCGCAUGCGCAUUCAGCCGAAGAGGAGGAUCGGAGGCGGAGAGGAGAGCUCCCCGCCCGGCGCUGGCAAAAAGGUAAGUUUAACCCCUUUCCUUGCCAUCCAGCCCAGCGGGAGUGGGACCCUGAGGGUGGGGGCACCCUCAGGGUACUAUAGUGCCAGGAAAACAAGUGUGUUUUCCUGGCACUAUAGUGGUCCUUUAAUAAAACAUGCUGACGUUUAGCUAAGAAGUUUGGUCCUUAAGGGGUUAAAGGUAAAUUUACAGAGCAGGAGAUAAAAAAACAUAUAAAGCAAGUUAACGUCUGAUUAAAAAGGAAACUUUUUUUUUUCCAGCAGGCUGUGUCGGUCACAGUCGGGGAAGGUGUGUCUAGGGCUGCAUAAACAGAAUCAAAAGUGAUUUAACUAAAUAGCUCCAGCAGGAUUCAGUGGAAACUUGUUCAGGGGGACCCCACUGCUUCAUGAAGCUGUCAAAUGCUGAGAAUUUUUUCAUUGGAAGCGUAGUGAUUGUCACGCACGUCAAGUAGGUCACCUUACUAUUGCUUCUAUAUGAUAAGCAUUUAAAUGGACCAGAGAUCAGAGUGGUUGCUUAGCACUGGAUGAACAGAAGGCAAAACCAGCUUUUUUUAUUUAAAUGAUUUCAUGAACUAAAUCUCCUAAGAAACAAUAUUAAAAUUAAAAAUAAAUGGUUCUUUUUAAAGUUAGUGUUAUUAUAAUUAUUGGUUUUUAUAUUGCGCAAGCUUAUUCCGCAGCGCUUUACAAUAAAAGGGGAAUUUACCAAAUGAGACAAUAACAAAAUGUAACCGGAACAAUAGGUAGUUGAGGACCCUGCUCAAACCAGCUUACAGUGUUCCUUGAAUCUACCUAUCCAGCUCACACAGUCCAUGUUGAUAUCAGUAAUGCUAAUGUUACUAAUAUAACUUCUGUCUAUUUUACCAGAAUCAGCACGGCUUGCUGCUAGUUUCUAAGAAAAAAUCUUUGGCAGGAGCGGCUCAGAUUCUCCUGAAAGGAGCAGAGAGGUUGUCCAAGUCAGUAGCCGAAUAUCAGGAGAACAAGAGACAGAGAGACUUCAACUCCGAGCUGUUGAGGUUACGGCAGCACUGGAAGCUAAGAAAACUCGGAGACAAAAUCCUGGGAGAUUUGAGUUAUAGGAGUGCAGGUUAGUUCUGUUAUGUUUUAGCCUUGUAACACCCAACAAUGAGUAUAAAUGGGAGGCCAUGGUAUGCAUCCAUACCCUAAGCCUUUUAUACGUGUUUCUUCCAGUUUCUGAUAACUUGCACAUAAAAUGAAUUUUGGCUUUUAACUCCGUCAUUGUGUAACACUUUAAUAUUUAUAAUGCCCAUUACAGAAAGAUUGAUUACAAUUUGUGCUAUCUAUGUCUGCAUUUACAGAUUACGUUUCUGGAUAUAAAAGUAUUCUGGUUGUCUUUCUUUUUUUUGCAAGUAGUUUGAAAGUGAUGGGAUUAAUUCUGCAAUGCUUUUUUUUUUUAAUGUUUAUGCAUUCCAGAACAUACAUUAAAAUUCACGAAAUCCCAAUAUACUCCUGGUGAAAUACAAUUUUGAACAAAGUACACAACAGUUAUAUGAGUUGAUUCCUUUGUAGGAUGCUACUGCCAUUUAGUUUUAACACCUCCACAGCAAAGCCAUUCAAUAUAAUCCACAACAGAGGGAUAUAGGCACAAUGCUAAUCAAUUGUGUACACAUGUCCCAACACUGGGGAAGGGAAUCAUCCAGGUCCACAAAUCAUACAUCAAGGCCCAGUGCUUUUUAUUGAACUUUUCUUUCUUGUUUCAGGGUCACUCUUUCCUCACCACGGUACCUUUGAAGUUAUAAAGAACACAGAUCUAGAUUUGGAUAAAAAAGUCCCUGAAGAUUACUGCCCACUGGAUGUGCAUAUCCCCAGUGAUUUGGAAGGAUCUGCCUAUCUGAAGGUUUGCAUUGAACUCUAAAACAUAUCUUAAAUGUUCUUUUAGUAAAUGACUGUGAAUGUGAAGAUGAUAGUUGUUAAAGAGUCACUCCAGGCACCUCCAUAUGUAUGGCAGUGCCCGGUACAGCUGCGCGAUUUCAUCCAGUGGGCAGCUGGUAAAAGGCUGAGAUAAACUGAGUCUGUCAUCGGCCUAGCCGUGCAAAACCUUCCCCAUUCUGCAUGAGCAAAGAGGAAGAAAGCUAAGGACUGCUGUGUCAGGCACUAAAGGACCAAUUUUGUGGGUUAAACAACUGAAAAACAGUUAAAGGACAACCGUCAUCAAAUUCUCACUUCUCAUUUUUUUAAAGUGAAUUUAAGGAGUUAAUGAAACAAUUAUGUUUAUUUGUAUUUUCGAUUAUCUAGCUGAGCAGUCACGUUGGGUCAUAUUCUGUUAUCUGACCAACUUGUGCUCAACCUAACAUGCCUACUCGUCGGCACAGACCAGUGACAGCAUUGUCUUGUUUGCACUUCAUGACCUCAAUAAGCAGCCCUGUCUGUCUGUGUGUAUCUGCCUGCUCUCUUAUCUUCAGCCCUCCCUGAACAUUUAACAAGGACAUCUACGUUAUCGGUUAUAUCUGUUCCCAAUCUGGUCCCUUCUACCACAGACAGACUGAGAACAAACGUGCAGGCAGCAACCAUUGCAGGAGUUCUCUGGGACUAUAUGUAAUCCGGGCACUUUCACUGGCAACUCUGCAGCUAUGAACUCUCUCUGCUCCUGUCACUUCUGAAAAUGUAUAACCUUAACUUUGUUUGAGUUGCUGAGGGUGUCACUCCCCUAUUUUCUCUCAAACAGAAAGUAAAGGUUAUACCAGAAUGACCCUUUUUAAGUGAGCCAAAAACAGAAUUCAUUAGUACGACCAAAAAACACAUUAGCUUGCCUUUUGAGUAUUAGCUCAGUCUGCCAUUUCAGAGGCACCCAGUUAUAUCUUUGACCUAUCAAACUGAUACAACACACAUGGGUAUUUCAGAAUAAAUGCUGAAUGGCCCUCAAUGCAUUAGAGAUGCAGCAAACCUUUAGACAAUUCUUCUGCAUUUUCAAGUUGUGGGUGACUUUGCUGCCCCAUGAUGCCUUCGGCCUGCUUAUCUAUAAAAGUGCAUUUGUAUGCAUGCACCCUAUUGAGAUGGCAUUACAUCUUAAUCUACAGGCUGCGCUUUAUGUACAUGACGAGUAAAUUAAAGGACCACUCUAGGCACCCAGACCACUUCAGCUUAAUGAAGUGGUCUGGGUGCCAGGUCCUUCUAGGGUUAACCCAUUUUUUCAUAAUUAUAGCGGUUUCAGAGAAACUGCUAUAAUUAUGAAUGGGUUAAGCCUUCCCCCUAAUCCUCUAGUGGCUGUCUCAUUGACAGCCACUGGAGGCGCUUGCGUGCUUCUCACUGUGAAAAUCACGGUGAGAGCACGCCAGCGUCCAUAGGAAAGCAUUGUAAAUGCUUUCCUAUGAGACCGGCUGAAUCGAGCAGCUCUUGCCUUGCGCUGCAUUCAGCGUGCAGCGGAGGAGGAGGAGGAGAGCUCUCCGUGGCGCUGGAAAAAGGUAAGUUUAAACCCCUUUCCCCCUUCCAGAGCCGGGCGGGAGGGGGUCCCUGAGGGUGGGGGCACCCUCAGGGCACUAUAGUGCCAGGAAAACGAGUAUGUUUUCCUGGCACUAUAGUGGUCCUUUAAGUAAGCUAACAAAUGAGAUUUAAAAAAAAAAAAAAAAACAAAGUAUGACCAAUAGCUGAUUUUUUUUUUUUUUUUGUAAUCUUUUUUUCUUGUAGAAAAAUCUCAUUAGUGACAGUGCCUCUUUAACUCCUCUCCCUUCAGAACUCUGUGACAUGGUUAACAUUAAAGAAAUACAUUUUUCAAAAUAGAUUAAUGUUGUUCGAACCAGAUUUGUACAGUAUUGCGCAAAUAGUAUCCUUGCCUGAAUAUAGCAAUUUCUCUUGAUAAUGCAUCUACUGAACAGCUGAGUGCCUCUUUAAUUGGAAAUAAAUGUGUUCUAGUAUCACAUAUAAUCUGAUUCUUCUUUUUAGGUUUCCAUUCAGAAGCAAUGUGCAGAUAUUGGUGACCUCGGAACAAUUAAUCUUUUUAAGCGACCUCUGCCAAAGGCAAAACCAGGUAAGCUUGUGCAGGUCAGACAUAUAUUUCCCUUGGGUCGGUUAUAUUUGUUUAUUCAAAUGCUAUUUUAAUAUAUUACAUGUUUGGUCUCUCUCUUUUACUCUGUUUUCCCUUGGAAUUGGUUUACAAAACUAUAUGAAGGUGUUCUGCAGAUGCCCAGUAUAUGAUAUAGAUGAAAUGUAAUACUCUCUGAUUUAAUACCAAAUUCUGAUUACCGUAACAGAUACACCUCCAUCCAGGAGACUAAUGUAGAAACAUAAAAGAAGUCUCCAUAGUAAAAACAUAUUUCAUAAAAUCUUCAUGGCAGUCUGACUGGGUUUGUAGUUAAAGCAUUUACAACAGUUACAUUUAAGGCAGUUGUUUUUCUUUGUGAGUUUGCAGAGUUCUUAGAGCCGAGGGACCUGCCAGCAUUCUCCAAGCUGUCUUUUCAGCCUUUUUAUAUGCCUUUAUAUCUCUGUGGCCUGGAAACGAACUGGUCAUGAUCAACGAAUUGCUGGAUGCCAAGUGUAAAAGUCUAGUCAGAUGCAUAUAAUGUGGGAAGUGUCUUUCUGUUUUUAAACCUCUUUACUCACUUGUUCCAGGAACCCCACAUUGGCAGACCAGGCUGGAAGCUGCACAGAAUGUUCUUCUGUGUAAAGAAAUAUUUGCACAGUUGUCUCGUGAAGCCGUUCAGAUCAAAUCCCAAAUCCCUCACAUUGUUGUCAAGAAUCAAAUAAUCUCCCAGCCUUUUCCAGGUAAGAAACCUUUACAUUGGUUACUUGUGGUUCUUAAAAUUGGUUUCACUGUCAUGCUUCAGAUAUAGAUAACUUACGAUAUGCCAUGGUCCUCCAAUGAUUAUGUGCUUUGUUUAUAAACCAUUGCGAGGGGCAGUUUACUUGACUCAUCGAUAAAAGACCAUCUAUCAGUAUUGUUGUUGUGGCAUACAAGGCUGUCCUAUAAUAAAUGUGUAAUUCUCAGUGUAUAGCCAUGCUUUUAACCCCUUAAGGACCAAACUUCUGGAAUAAAAGGGAAUCAUGACAUGUCACACAUGUCAUGUGUCCUUAAGGGGUUAACUAUGGCAGGCAAAUUUCAUCUUCCAUUAUUUUCCGAAUUGCUUCUUAACCCCUUAACGCCGUUACGGCGUUCUAUGCCGUCGCGGCUUUAAUGAGCUUUAAAGCCGUUGCGGCGGCAUAGAACGCCGUAACGGCUUUCAGCCCCAGAGGACCGGCGGUACUCACUUCCGCCGCUAUCCUCUUCUGGAGGGCUGCCAGACCGCCCAGGCAGCCCUCCUGAAUGAGGCCCCCAGGGGCUCUCAAAGAGCGAUCACAUGGCCCCCUAUAGCUGGCUGUGGAUCUGCCAGCAGGGGGACUGUCUGAAAUAUCACAGUCCCCCUGCUGGUGGAAAGUGUAAAAAAAAUAAACAUGUUAAAAUAAAAUAUAUAUACACACACACACACACACACACACACACACACACACACACACACACACACACACAUACACACACAUAUAACGUCAUACGUAAUGUAUUUUAAUAUUAGUAUAAGUAUAUAUUAAUAUUAAAAUACACUUAGAAUGACGUUACAUAUAAAUAUAAUAAAUAUAUAUAUAUAUAUAUAUAUAUAUAAUUACAAUAAUAAAUUAAAUAAAUAAAAUAUUGAAACAAAAUGUAAUAUAAAUUAUAUAUUCAUAUGUAAUUUCAUUCUAACUGUAUUUUGUUAUUAAUAUAUAUUGGUAACAAAAUACACUUAGAAUGACAUUCUAUAUAUAUCUAUCUAUAUAUAAAAUACAAAUAACCGCAAAUAAAUAUAUAGAGAUAAAUACAUAUAAUUACAUAAAAGAUUACAUUAGUAUACACGUAGAAUUUAAAUACCUAUAAAUGCAUAUAUAUUAAAAUUCUACGUGUAUAUUUAGGUAAUCUUUUAACAUAAUUAUGUGAUUUGAUUAAUUCAAAUUUUAUUGACAUGCCUGACAACACAGGGAGAAAGUGCAGAGAAUUUAAUUUGCAAGCACUCUAUUUGACCCUGUAACUCUCCAAGACUCCAUUAAACCUGUACAUAUGGGGUACUGUUUUACUCGGGAGACUUCACUGAACUCAAAUAUUAGUGUUUAAAACUGGUAAAUUGUAUUACAACGAUGAUAUUUUUAGUAGCCACUUAGUCACAAACACUGGCCAAAUAUUAGUUUUUUGCUUUUUUCACAAAAAAUUAUGAACGCUAACUUUGGCCAGUGUUUGUGACUAAGUGGCUGCUAAAAAAGACUAAACAUACCCCACGUUCAAUACCUUGAGUUGUCUACUUUUUCAAAUGGUAUGCCAUUAUGUGGGUAAUUCUCAUUCCUGGGCUGCCACACCGUCUCAAAGGUAACAUUACUAAUCUGGCAAAUUUCAAUGUGAAAAUGGAACGUUCUAUAUUUGACCCUGUAACUUUCCAAAACACCAUAAAACCUGUUAAUGGAGGGUACUGUUGUACUCGUGAGACAUCGCUGAUUACAAAUAUGUGCAUUUUUUUUGCAGUAAAACCUAACAGUAUUAUGACAUUUACAGCUAAAAUGUGAGGCGGAACUACAAAUCUUUUAAAAAAUUAAAAUUUCUCACCGUUUUUUAAAAUUUUAUUCAUAAUAAAUUCUGUUUCAUAUAUAAAUAUUUGAUAUGAAAUGAAAGCCCUGUUUCUCCUGAACAAAAUGAUAUAUAAUAAGUGUGGGUGCAUUUACUAUGAAAGAGUUGAAUUAUGGUUGGACAGACAUGUAGUGAAAAUACGCCAUUUGGUGCUAGUGUAUAUGCUUGACAGCCUAAUCUGCUCUUGCCUGUGCCGGGCUCGGGCCCGUGAGGGCACUGUGUGCUGUAGCCAUAUUUGAGCGAGAGGGUAAAAUACACUCUAAACAAUUAAAUCUACUAUGAACACAAACUGGAAUAAAAUUGGGUUGAAAAGUUGGUCCUCGGGAGUUUGCACCCUGCAGUCACGGUGUUUCUGGCUCUGGGUUCCUCUCUCUCGGGGUGAAUGGUGUGAUGGAAGAGGGGCCCCAUGAGGUCGCCUGGUGUUCAGAGGUUGAAGGUGCAGUCGGGUGUUCAAGACCCAGGGUACUCAAAAAAGUAUGUGCAUCUCCCAAAUUCGGUAGCAUAUGUGUAGUCCCGUUUUGAGUCACUACUAAGGAGCUGUUCGCUCCCCAGCGGUAAGUGAGACCUGCGUUUCUCAGCUGGGUUGUAACAGGCCUAUAUCUUUUAGGGAUCUGGAGGGUGGCCCUUGUAAGGUCCUGGAAGAAUGUGAGGCUUGAAUUCUCGAAUGUGAGUGGUGCCUUAUCUUUUAUUGCCGCCAUAAUUUGGAGCUUAUCAGGUAGCGUGACGCAUCUGAGAAUGACGUCUCGUGCCAAAGUUGUUGUGCAGUGAGUAGGGCUUGGAAGACGGUAUACACUGUCUAUGUUUAUUCGUUUGGCCACAGUGUGAGACAUGACUGUCAGCAUUCUUCUAACGUAGUGUGACAGUUCUGCCACCGUGACCGCUGAGGGGAUGCCCCUGAUCUUGAUAUGUGUACGCCUCUGGCAGUCUUCAAGGGUAGCAAGUCUGAGUGACAGGAUCUGGUUUUGGGCUUGAAGCUCUUGUAUGGAGGUAUCCACAGAGGUUAAGUGGGUUUGUACUGUUAUUAUUUCCUCCUCUGAGGUUCGCACUCUCUCAGUGACUGCCUGUACCUCCGUUUUAAGUAGUGCAGAAUCCGCCGCCAGUAACUUGUGGAUUUCUGCCAGAAGAAGUUUUAAAUCCCUCUUUGUGGUGGGUGCUGAGUCAUCUGGCUGUUCAUGCUGCUCAGCUUGAGGGGUGUGUGGAGAUUGUGAGCUUCCAGGUCUGUCAUGGCCUGCUGGUGUGCCCAUGUCCCUCACUUGUGUAUCUUCCGCGGGAGUGGGUCUGAGUUGGGCGGGCCUCUGUAACAUGGCCCCUAUAUCCCGACCCUCCGCCUGGUUUUGGGGCUUUUGAGAGCGCCUACCUUUGCCUGACAUUGGUGCUGGUGAGGCUGGCGGUUUCUGGGGUUGCGGGUUGUCUGCUCCGCUCGCGGUAAGGCUUCCCAGGAUUCCUUCCAGGCUGUGGAGCGCUCGGUAGGCCUCAGACCUGUGCUUCCUCCUCGUUGUUUUUGGUGCCUGGAAGAAAGGCAUCAGUCGGUUCCUCUUGCCUUACUGGAUUCGGUUCGUUGAGUGCCGUGGCUGGAUUGUGUUUAGUAUUGCCGAUAUCGGCAGAAUUAGGUUUGUAGGCAGAGGAGCUUCUGGAAAUGGCAUCUGAUCGGGUCCGUGGUUAAGCUCCGCCCCCCCAGUUAGAGCUUUUUAAUGGGAAUUAAAAUCCAAAGGUGUCCAAAAGCAGAAUCUUUCAAGGAAAACUACAGCCCGGUAGAUAAAAGCAAAACAUUUCACACCCCCUUCCACCAGCCCCAAAUUGUCCCCAAGGAUAGAAUAAAGUCCCUUGUAGUUAAAUCUUCGUUAUUCCAACCAAAGCCAAAACAACAAAACUGUGUUUAUAGCUUAGAGCCUAUUAAAGGAUUCCAAAUGUCGUCUUUAUCCUGUGACAUUAAAAGGCGACAGCAGGCUGAGACAUUAUGCAGUUUCCCUGGUACCCAUUGUGAUGUUGUGUGGUCAAACAUCCAUCUUUUAAUGUGCACAGACUGUUCUCUGGCUCCUCUGUCCAUACUUCCUACAUUUUGUCUUAAAGUCGUUUUGUAUUCUGUGAGUGUCAGCAACAGACAAAACCCUUUGGUGUAUACUGUAUUUGUAGAGACUUGUGAACAUUCUGUUCUUGUCAUUCCUAUAUUUGGCCUUAUUCACCAUAUUAUGUACUGUGGAUAUGAUGUUCAGUAUAGCUAUAGAAUACUGUGUAUGGACACAUGUACACUGCAUACUUAACACAAGUUAAGGACUAAUACAGUUAUUGUUCAGUAUUUCCUGGAGAUUCUGUGGAUGUUCUACUCCUAAUGACAUUAAACUGACUCCUAAAUGGAUCUACUUGGCUCUUUUAUUAUUCAAUCAUUAGUUAUAUUGAGUAAUCUCUACAUUUACACUCCUUCAACAUUUGCCCAUAUUUUGUGUUUGUUAUGGAUCACUUUGUCACUCUGGGAUCAACCUAGUGCAAGCAGUUCAAUAAAUAGAUUGAUAACGAAAGAGACAUAUUUAAAAAGCAGAGUUUUUAUGCAUUUAUUUGUGGUGCACAAUGAUCAAUAAAUGGGGAUUUGAGAGGCAAGAAGAAAAUCUAGUUUAAAUGCAUCAAUGCCACAUGUGCAGAAAAUUUAUGCAAAAUUAGUAUUUUAGAAAAGGAACAUAAAAGACUGGAUUCAAAACUGUAUUUCUUGGAGCGUGUAUUCACUGUUUGGGUACAAUCCCCUUUCGUCAUCUCCCAUUUCCAUAAAAUGUGUAUGGUGCUGACGUCGUUCAAGAACUGGGGCAGAUAUAUUGGGGAAUUACAGUUACUGCUACUUUAACAGUAAAAACAGGAACAAAAUAAAAGGGAUAUCUCAAAAAAAUGUGAAAUCUAGUUUAUUCGAUCCUGGUAAAAUUAAGCAAAGCGACAACAUAACUGGGAACUUUAAGUAGAGAGAUCUAUCUCGAACUUUAAAAGUCAAGCAGUGGUUGCAGAGUUCAUAUGACCCGUAUUCGACCAGUGGUGUCAUGCAUACAUACCUCGUCGUACUAAGUGGCCGAGCAAAUUGAAGUAACAACUAAAUCCGGACGUAAUGCUUUCAACAUCCUAAAACUAUUAAGUGAAAGCUUUCAGACUGAAUGCAAACGCUAUUUAACCAUCAGUCUGCUUGACAUCACCAAAUGCAGAGACACAUUUCUCCAUCAAUGGGAAAUUAGUUGAAGAUAUUUUUAUUUUAUAAUGUUUCCUCUGCCCAUUUACAUUUCUGUGAUAGAUAUAUGUGUCCAAAGAGACCUCCAUCAGCAUAGGUUCUAAAUAGUUGUUUUGAUACAGAUCUGGCAUCAUCUUGGUGACUGACAUACUUCUCUUGUAAUGUAAUUCCUAUUGAUUUAAAUGCCCUAAAACAUCUUGCUUAAACUAUUCUCCAAAAAUAAUCUUUUUUUGAGUAUAGCCAACCAGGAGAAUGAAAAAUGCAACCACUGUGGCCUUUCUGCCUUGUGAGUUCUCUGGAGUUCCAAGUCAAUCGCUUUUUAAAAUGUAAAAUAUAUUUCAUUGUAUCAGAUCAGCAGCUUGGCUGGAGAUGUGGGUGAACAAUUGCUGCCUCCACGUGCAUCCUGGAAGUACACACAGAAAUGCACACAGUUUAUUUAAUCUAGUCAUUUCAUUGUAUAAUGAAGACCAUCACUUUAAAGUGUGCUUUGUAGCAAAUCUUUAAGUGACUGAGGACUUCCAGACACCCCUUGUCCUGGCAUGGAGUUCAAUGGGAGCACAAUUGUAUCCCAUAAAACUUUGCUCUGAAACAGCCAUAGUAAGCUGUGUAGACCUGAGCAGUCAUAAAACAGGGAGUAUGCUAAUUGCUUUUCACUAAUGAAAAAUAUGAAUGAGAACAGUUCUUAAACAUAAAAUCUGAACGAGUAGCUGUUGUGAAUGAAUAGGUGCGAUUUUUAUUUUUUAUUUAUUAAUAUGCCAUGUCUGUCCCUUAAAUUUAUUAACUUUGUGAAGUUUAAAUCUCUCUGCACACAGGAUUACAGCUGUCAAUCUCUUUCUGCCACUCGUCAAAUGACAAGAAAUCUCAGAAAUCAGCUUCCGAAAAGGCUACCACAGAAGACCACCUGUAUGUUCUUGAACACAAUUUGCACCAGCUGAUUCGAGAGGUAUUGAUCUCCAUUCUACUUUAUACUUCUUCUGGUAACACUUUAUGAAUUAACAAAAUGGAUUGUGUUGACCAUUACUGUAUAUUUUAUCAUUUACUGUAAAUAAUGUAAAUUAUUAAUCCAGAAAAUCUAAUUGACGGAGGACAAGCAAGCAUUGUUAUCAUUAUUUAUUUCAUUGUCUUUAUUCUAGUUUCAUAAACAGACGUUAAGCAACAUAGUGAUGCCACAUCCAGCUAGUGCUCCGUUCGGUCACAAGAGAAUGCGGUUGGCAGGUCCUCAAUCUUUUGACAAGAAUGACAUCAGUGCAAUGCAGCAGAAUGAGGGUCUCCUGGAGAAGAUCAUCAAACAAGCUAAACACAUAUUCCUCAGACGAAGGUAUAGAACCUCCGCCUUAUCCAUCCUUUAUCAUACAGGGCAUUGGGAUUGGACUGUAGCCUUCAUUUUGUCCAAUUUUAGUAUAUAGGUGGUUGUGGAUGUUGUGAGUGAGUCUACUGGGGGUAUCUUUGAUAAACUAAAUUUAUAAAUAGCAGUUACAUUGUGGGUAUGGUUAAGUUCUAAACAUUCGUUAGCACUGAUUGUAUGCUUAGGUAGACACUGGCUGAUUAAGUAUGCUACCUAUGAGCUGGACAGCUUUGUGCUUUGUUUGGAUUCUACAUUUCCUCCAAUCCUCUGAUGACUCUAGUAAUAAAGUUUGUCUCUGGGAUCCUUGUGGGUUAGAAUUGCUCCUGGAGACUAACUGCGAUUUUUGGCCCGCCCGCACUCUGAAGGAACAUGGUGGAGCAGGGGACCCCCCGGGUGUACACAUAGACGCCAAAGCCAGCUUCCUACCCGACCGUGAACCCGAAAUCGACAGGUGAGGCCUGUUGCUCUCCUCGCUCGAUAACCAGCGCGCAGACACCCACCGACUUUCCACCUCCUCCCCCUCCCCCCCAUGGGACCGGUGGGGGAUAUCCCAGUCCCCACUGGGAGUCCAAAGUAACCUACCUUUGCCGAGCCCUGACCCAAAGCGAUACACACACAUCACCGGCACCGCUGUACGAGGAGCACGCAAGAUGGCGGCAACAUACUCCCCGGCUAAGCAGACCCAGCUCUCCAGCCACACAACCUGCCACAACAAUGAAGCUGAUAUCGAGCAGCGGCUAAAUAGGCUGUUCAACAAAUUUUGGGAGAAAAUCCAAAGCUGCAGGUGGGCACAACAGACAGCUCUGGAAACUGGUGAGAGAGGACUAGGGGAGCGAGGGGGUCAUUCUCUGGCACCACACUAGAUCACCCAGUAAUCCAAACAUGUCUGAGCCCACCUGAGCUGAAGGCCAAGAAGGUCCUGACCCGACAGUAUCGCCCACACAGAUGUAGGCCCAAGCGCCGCACGCGGCAGCCCACCAUCAGGCCCCCUGCAACUCCCAAGAGAGGAGAAAACUCACGCUCAGGAAGCAGAAGAGUCUGUGGCCACAAGAUGUAGGCCUACACAUCAGCCUGGGGCUGGAGGGAUACCUACACCCGCACCCCAGUGGUGCCGAGAACCCACAACCCACCAGAGGGAUGCAGACGCCGGGCGAAAAUGGGAAUUGGGUGAGAGGGUAAACCAUACACCAACGCUCCCAUGCUGUGAACACCCUCACCUAUGUGUUCCUGUACGUGACUUCCUACCAAGACGCCAUAUCUUGCCGUGACUGAGGAAUAUGGGACCCAGUACACUUUUCUUAUGAUUUGGGACCCGGACACCAGUGUCCUAUCAAGCGUUACCUUAAUUAUGUCUAUGUUUAAUUCUAUACUAGUUACGAUUUUUCUCUAGCAACAGUGAGUAAGCACCAUAAACAUGCCUAUAUGACACUAUACUAGAACUGCUAGCCUAUAUAUACGUCUAAAUACUACACACAGUGACAAGCUACCACGACUAACAUUUAACCAGGCAUAAUUAACCUACAAUCAUUAACACACACACUUGGCAAAUACAUCUUACUGUUAUUAACAUAUCUAUACUCUGCUUUGCAACUCUAGCAUACAAUUGCAGCCAAUCUAGAUGUAUAAUGUUAGCCUGAACUUAUAAUAUAAAACUGUGCAUGCAUUUCUCAAUAACCCAAUUUUUAUCCAGGACGAAUAGCAUGAGGACUGCUGUUGGGGCACCUCAAGCGUGUUUGUAAUGUCGUUAUGCACUGCAAAAAUACAAACAAAAAAAAGAAUUGCUCCUGGUACACGUGAAUUUCCAUUUUGGCUGGUCAAAAAAAAUAAAAAUCAUUCUACAUAUUUUUUUUAUGUGCAGACUGAUUUUCCUUAAAACACAAAUACAUUUCCAAGUUUUCACUCUGUUUAAAUGAAUUGCAUGCCACUGUAUGCACAGUGUAACCGUGAUGUAUGGGUGAUUAUGGGGAAAAAAAGCAAUGGGAAUAAAGUACUUAGAGCUCAAAUGACAAUUGAAUUAUAAUUUUCUGCAUUUCUUAUAGAACUUCCCGCACCAUUGACAGCCUUGCCAGUCGAAUUGAAGAUCCACAGAUCCAAGCACAUUGGUCAAGCAUCAAUGAUGUGUACGAGUCCAGCGUGAAAGUCUUAAUAACAUCUCAAGGUUACGAGCAGAUCUGCAAGUAA